CAACACUUUUUUCUUCUUAAUCUCUUCAGUUUCUUUCAUUCAAGGGCUCUCUUGAUUCUCUCUUUCAUAAUGGAAAUCUUUUGAGUGUGAAAAGUAAUGCAAAUUGGAGGUGGCGAAAAUGGCAAAUCUUGUUCCAGGUGUUCUUUUGAAUCUCUUACAGCAUAUGAACACUGAUGUUAAGGUUGCCGGUGAGCAUAGGUCGUCUCUUUUACAAGUAGUGAGUAUAGUUCCUGCAUUAGCAGGUGGCGAGUUGUUCUCUAACCAAGGCUUUUACCUCAAGGUUUCAGAUUCAUCUCAUGCUACGUAUGUAUCAUUGCCUGAUGAGCAUGAUGAUUUAAUUCUUAGUGAUAAGAUCCAAUUAGGUCAGUUUAUUCAUGUCGACAGGUUGGAAUCGGCGUUGCCGAUUCCGAUUCUUCGUGGGGUUCGGCCGGUUCCUGGUCGACAUCCUUGUGUAGGGAGCCCUGAGGAUAUUGUUGCAACUCAUUCUCCUGGCUUCCUUGAUAGUAAAAGUUCAUUUGGUUCAAAACUUGGGGAGAAAGUUAAGUUAGGCAGUGGUUAUGGUGGGGAGAAAGGGAAAUCGGUUGGGAGUAGAUCAAAUGGCGGAUUAAAGGAUGAUCAAACUGAUAAGAAACUGAAAACGAAUUCUUUGACUCGAUCAAACUCUCUGUUGAGUAAACCGGCUUUGAGUGUGGAUGUGAAGAGGGGUUCUUUAGGGAAAUUGAAGGCAUUAAGUUCGCAAUCGAUUCCUUCUUCCCCAACGAGUUGUUAUUCGUUGCCGACUUCUUUUGAGAAGUUUGCCACUGGGAUUAAGCAUCAGGCUGAAAUAAAGGGGCUGAGGAAAGGAAGUCCCAAGGUGGGAUCUGUGGAGAAGGCAAGCACUCUUCAUGGGGCGAAUUCGAUCGGAAAAAAAGUACCUGUGAUUAAAACUUUUCCUCAAGGGACCGAGUUAGGGGCCAAGGCUUUGAGAAAGAUCUGGGAAGGGAAUAUGGAAGCGAAGGGUGGGGACCAUUCGAAUACACCGAGGACUACCAAGCAUGAUAUCAAGGGAGAAUCUCGGAGCUCUUCUGCUUCAAGAAAAAACACAGCAAGUGAAAAGUUACCAUCCAAGGAGGGGACUAAGUUCCAGACGUCUACAAGGCCGUUAAAAGAGGAGAGCAAAUUUCAGGUGUCAACUAAGAAAGCUGCGGCAAAUGGAAUGUUGAGUGCCCACGAGAAACAAAAUAUGCCAAGAACUCAUGUUGGGAAGAAAUUCGGAGAACCAACUAAUAAUGGUGGCUUGGGGAACCUAGUUAAGGUUCCGAUAAAUAGUAAAAGAUUGACGGAUGGAAGUGGUAUUUCAUGGGGCUCGCUCCCCUCUUCCCUUUCGAGGCUCGGAAAGGAGGUCAUGAGACACAGGGUUGCAGCUCAAACAGCUGCAGUAGAAGCUUUACAAGAGGCCGCAGCUUCCGAGAGCUUACUUCGAUGUUUAAGCUUAUAUUCUGAUCUUACGACCUCUGCCAAGGAAGACAACCCUCAGCCUGCAGUGGAACGGUUCUUGACCCUUCACACAAGCUUGAAUAAUGCUCGUAUGGUUGCGGAUUCUUUAUCGAGAACUAUUCUAGUCGGUUCAUCUCCGGAAUCAGAAGGAACCCUGUCAGAAGAGGCUGUAAAGGUUGCAUCGGAUAGACGAAAAUAUGCAGCUUCAUGGGUGCAAGCUGCAUUGGCUACUGAUAUGUCAUCUUUCUCUGUAUUUACAAAAGAACAUAAUUCGAAGCCGAGUCAUGGUUCAGCACCUGCACAAAGCCAGAAGACUACCCCUGCCAACCAAAACAUAUUACUUCUCGAGAGUUCUGAUAGGAAUGGCACCGCAAAAUCCCAAGGAAAACCCCGUACAGUAGUUGUUUCUAGACUUGUAGCGCAGGGUGUUGUUCGCAAAACCGGGAACGGUUCAAGCCUUGUUCCCAAGUCUGCAGUCCAACCACCUCCGGAAAUAUGGACUAGAGGAAAUGGCCUUGAUGAGGCUGUUGACAUGGCUGAUAUGUUGCGAAUGGAAUCCCAAGAUUGGUUCUUUGGAUUCAUCGAGAAAUUCUUAGAUGCCGAUGUAGACUCGUCUGCUCUAUCCGAAAAUGGUCAAAUAGCCAGGAUGUUGACGCAGCUCAAGAGUGUCAAUGACUGGUUAGACGAAAUUAGUUCAAGUAAAGAAGAAGGUGAGACACCCCUGAAUGUUUCAACAGAGACGGUCAAUAGGCUUAGGAAGAAAAUAUAUGACUAUCUUCUUACACAUGUCGAAUGUGCCACCGCCGCUCUAGGUGGCGAAUCGCAGCUGUCACCGCCCAUCCGAGCAGUUGAAACUAAAGUGAGAAAGUGACUCGUUCGAUCUUCAUGAAACACGGUUAGGCACAACAAAUAUUGGAAUCUGAAUCGGU